AUGGGGGACAGGACUCCGGAGCCAAGUCUCCUUACGAUUCCGGACCCUUCGGAUCUAUCGCGCGUCUUCUUUCCUAAUCUGGAUGCACCCCUGACGAUCCAGCCCUGGGUAGGUCCCGUGGAGGUCCAGGAAGCGACCGACGGGACGCGGGGACGAUGCCUCGUCGUCGUUCAACCCGUCCGUGCUGGAGAUUGUUUGUUCGUGACGCCUCCGACACUGUCGGUUGACGUGGGGGACGUGGCAGCGGCGUGGGUGGAACAGUACCAACAGUCCGUCGUAGAGAAUACGCUGGAUUGUCUGACCGAGCAAGCAUUGGUGAACGCCAUGCGUGUUUGUCUCGACGACGUCCAGUCCGCAACGGCCCGGAGCUUUCUGUCGCUCCGUGGAGGACCGGCGACGUCGUUCGCGCAGUCGUCGGCGUCUCUCCAAACCCUCAUCCAAUCUACUUCCGUUUCAUUGCUUCUCGGAAAUGACACGCAACCGUUGCUCGACGACGUGAUCGUAUCCGACGAAUACUUGCUGGCCAUUGUGCGGAAAAACGCGUUCGGACCGGACGCUCUGCUUUCCUACACGAAUAUUGAACAGUCCUGGCGUACGACUGCACUCAACGCCCCCACACCGCUGGAUCUUUCCCGUUUAUCCUUACCACCGCGUUUACUGGGUCUCUUUCCUUUGGCCGCCAUGAUUAAUCACUCCUGCGUCGGCAACGCCGUCCGCGUCUUGGUCGACGACGUGAUGGUCGUGCACGCCACCACCGAUCUACCCGCCGGUACCGAACUCGUGUGGAGCUACGGACCGCCCACCACUCCUUUUGCGCAACGUAAUACGCGACUCCGGGCCCACUACGGCUUUGUCUGUGACUGUCCCCGUUGUCAACGCGAACGCGCCGCUUACCGGACCGAUGGUCUCGGAGCCUUGCUCCGGGCGGCGGAACGCGCCACGGUGGCUCGAAUCGACUCGCGUGGAGACGACGACGACGACAAAUCAUCGUCCCUCUCCAGUCUCCUGCAGCAAUGGGAAACACAAAUUUGGGCCCAUCCGGCGUUGUCGAAUCAAAACCAACGAUACUUGCGCGUUGGAGCUGCCCAGGUUUACAUUCAAUAUCUGAAUCAAGCCUUGCGGGGACUCCCGACCUCCAAUUCCGACAAAACGCAACUCGUAUUACGUCAAACGGAACUGUUACACACGUGCAUGCAGUUGCAUUUGGCCUUUUGUGCCUGUCACUACGCCAGCACCGAACACCUUUCGAUUUUGCAUUUGUGUUACCAGCUGGCGAGUGCCUUGCACGUUGCCAACAGCGACCACACUAGCCCGACCUUGUCCAAGGUACGCUUCUGGACGGAGCAACUGAAAAAAACGCAUAUGGUGCGGUACGGCAGCCUAGGGGAAAACGUCGACUAUGUUCGUAAAAUGAUGCAGCAUACGCGAACGGUCUUGCGCAAUCGCAACGGAAUCAAUCUCGUCGCCCACAAGUUUGUGUGA